AUGGACCUCCCCGCAACCUCUCUCUCGCUUCCUCGCGCCCUCCCGUUCCCCAUCACCAUCCAGCGCAUACAUGCACCCGUCGGCUCGACCGUACAGAAGACCAGGCGGCUCCUCACAUACUCAGUUAUCCCGGCGAAGCCCGACGAGCACGGCAACCGCGACAGACAGGUGCGCGAGUGGGAGAGUCCUGUAGAGGGCGAGGUUGUUAGCUGGGCAAUCAAGGAAGGCGAUGUGGUGCGAGAUGCGAGCCGGUCAGUCGUACAGGUCAAGGAGCCGUGCACGCAUGAUGUCCAGUUGAAUGGCUUGUGCGCCUUGUGCGGGAAGGACCUCACGGCCGUCGACUACACCGGCUUUUCGGACACCUCGCGAGCUACGAUCAGCAUGGCGCACGACAUUGGCGGUCUCACCGUCUCGCUCGAGGAAGCACACAGGCUCGAGAAGGCUACGACGGCACGCCUGCUAGACGCCAAGAAGCUCUCGCUCAUCGUCGACCUGGACCAGACGAUCGUCCAUGCCACUGUUGAUCCUACCGUGGGCGAGUGGCUACAAGACCCGAAGAACCCGAACUACAAGGCGCUCGAGGGGGUCAAGCGGUUCAAGUUGGCCGACGAGAGUCCGGCGACGAGGAACAAGCCGAAGAAGUACCGCAAGAUUCGGAUCAAGCAGGUUGAUCCGUCCAAGGGCGAGGAAGCGGAUGAUGAGUCGUCCGAGGAGGAGGAAGACGAGGACGACGGCGGGUGCUGGUACUACAUCAAGAUGCGGCCCGGCUUGCCCGAUUUCCUCAAGCGCGUCGCUGACAUGUACGAGAUGCACGUCUACACGAUGGGAACGCGUGCGUACGCAAGCGAGGUGUGUAAGGUGAUCGACCCGGACGGCGGACUCUUCGGAGGGCGGAUCCUGAGUCGAGACGAGAGCGGCAGCAUGACUCGCAAGAGCUUGCAGCGGCUGUUUCCUUGCGACACCAAUAUGGUCGUCAUCAUCGACGACCGAGCAGACGUCUGGGACGGCAGCCCUCACCUCGUCAAAGUCAUCCCAUACGAGUUCUUCGUCGGGAUCGGCGACAUCAACGCCGCCUUUCUGCCGAAGAAGAAGGAGCUGCAUCCUCCGCCGAAGCCGCAGGACGCUCAAGCGGCACCCGAGUCCGAAGGUACAGCCGCGAGCCCCUCAGCGGAUGCAUCUCCAGCUUCUCCCGCCGCCUCGACCUCCGCCACUGCCGUUUCAUCCGCCAGUGCCGAAGACUCUCCUCACUCUACCACUCCCACAACAACCCCUCCGCCUUCUUCGCCCGACGAGAACCCCCAUCACGUGCCGGAUGCUCUUCUCUCCGAACCUACGACCGUCUCCGACCUGCUCGUCUCCUCCUCUCCAGACGAGGAAGUCUCGCCUGCGAUGGACGAGGCGAGCACGGUAGCGAUGGAGGCUAUUCACGAAGUUAUCGAGGCGAGGCCGCUGGAAAAGAGGCAGAAGGAGCAGCAUGAGGCGCAUCUGCACCAGCACCACCAUGCGGCUGGUGAAGGCGGGCACGAGGGGGCGAAGGGAGCGGAGGGAGACACGGCGGGAGAGAGCGUUGAGACGGAGGAGGACUACGAGGAGGAGGCGGUCUUGAAGGAUGACGACCGCGAGCUGGAUAGGGUCUUCGAGAUCCUUUCGAACGUGCGGGAACGGUUCUACGAGCAGCAUGAUGCGAAGGGCGCAGCGGACGUCGCCGACAUCAUCCCCGCCAUGAAGGCACAGACCCUCCGCAACACCCACCUCGUCUUCUCCGGCCUCGUCGCGCUCGGCUCUCGUCCGGAAGACUCGGAGUACUGGAAGCUUGCGCACACUUUCGGCGCCCGCUGUUCCGCCGAACUCUCCACCUCCACCACACACCUCGUCGCGAAUGGUUGGGGAACCGCCAAAGUCCAUUCGGCGCAGCGGAAUCCUCGGAUCAAGAUCGUCUACCCCGAAUGGCUGCUCGAGUCCGUCGCCCGUUGGACACGAGUGCCGGAAGACGCAUACGUGCUGAACAUCCCCGCGACCUCGAGCACGCCUGGAUCGCCUAUACGGCCCGAGCUGAGCGGCGGCGAGGACGACGAGGACGUCGACGCAAUCCGAUUAGACGCCGAGGCGGACGGCGCUGAGACGCCGGUCACGAUACCCGACGGCGAGCUGGACCUGGCAGACCUCGACUGGGGCGACGCGAUGAAGGAGGUGGACGACUUGCUGCUCGAGACGGACGACGAGGACACGGCGUCUGUGGUCAAUGGAGGCGACACGACCGAUGGCGAAAGCGACGCCGGCUCAUCAGCGCCGACUGCGCCGCGACCACCUCGUAAGCGAGCGAGGAUGACGAUUACACCUAGCGAUGCGACUUCAGCCGCGCCAGAUACGGAAUCCCCUCUGCAGAAGCGCGUCAAGACGGCGCGGUCUCGCAAGAGUGGGUUGAAGCGGUCGGUCAGUGCAGCGGCUCUUGAGCGCUCGGCAGAAAAGGCGGCGGAGGACGGAUCGAGCGAGUCGCAGUCGAACGGGUCGGUCAAGAGCGCGAGCGGGCGGACGAGUGCGGCGGAAGGGAACGGCGAUGCGGUGAGCGUAGCGGCGAGCGUUGCGAGCUCGAGCAUCGACCCGGAUGACGAGGAUUUGCUGGCAAGUAUGGCGGCAGACCUCGAGCAAGGGUGGACGUAG